GGGAGAAUUAGAGAAGACUGGAAAUCUGAUUAACACCAGAGAGAGACCAGACUCUCACUCUGACAGUGGGAAGACUCCUUCAGGAGAAUCAGAGCCAGAGACGUCCAAACCAGCGAGACAACACCACUGCUCUCAGUGUGGAAAGACAUAUACCAGGUUAUGGAACCUGAAAAGGCAUGAGAGAACACACACAGGAGAAAAUCCUUUCAAAUGCUGCCAGUGUGGAAUGUGUUUUACCCGGUUAGGGUACCUUAAAGACCAUAAGAGAACACACACAGGAGAGAAGCCUUACCACUGCUCUCAGUGUGGGAAGAGUUGCACCCAGUUAGGGAAUUUGAGAACGCAUGAGAGAAUACACACAGGAGAGAAGCUUAACCAAUGCACUAAUUGUAGAAAGAGAUUUUCCUCUUCCGAAUACCUGAAAAUACAUAAGAGAAUACAUUCGGGCGAGACACUUUAUAACUGUUCUCAGUGUGCAAAGAGUUUUACCCGAUUAGGGUCCCUGAAACGACAUGAGAGAACACACACAGGGAAAAAGUCUUUCCACUGCUCCCUGUGUGGAAAGUGUUUUACUGAGUUAGGUAACCUGAAAAAACAUGAGAGGACACACUCAGGAGAAAAGUCGAGUUUUUCCUCAUUGGAUUAUCUGAACUCUGGAGUACCACCUUACCAGUGCUCAGACUGUGGGAAGAGAUUUAGCCGAUUAAACCACCUGAGACGGCAUGGGAGAACACACUCAGGAGAGAAGCCCUAUCAAUGCUCCCAGUGUGGAAAGAGUUUUACCCAAGUUGCACACUUGAAAUACCAUAAAAGAACACACACGGGAGAAAAACCUUACCAUUGCUCCCAGUGUGGAAAGAUUUUCACCAUGUCAUGUAACCUGAAAAAACAUGAGAGAAUACACUCAGGAGACAAGCCUUAUCAAUGCUCUCAGUGUGGAAAAACGUUUACCCAGCUAGGGGACAUGAAAAAACAUAAGAGAAUACACACAGGAGAAAAACCCUACCACUGCUCACACUGUGAAAAGAGAUUUACCUCAUCAGGGGACCUGAAAAAGCAUAAGAGGACACACACAGGAGAAAAACCUUACCAUUGCUCCCAGUGUGGAAAGAGUUUCUCAGAGUCAAGUAACAUGAAACAACAUGAGAGAAUACACUCAGGAGAGAAGCCCUACCACUGUUCCCACUGUGAAAAGAGUUUUACCUCAUCCGGGACCUUGAAAUAUCAUGAGCUAACACACUCUGCAAUGAAGCGUUUCCAGGGUGCUCAUUGUGAAAGGAGUUUUAAGAAGUUAGGGAAACUGAAGCAGCAUGAGAAAAUACACACUAGGGAGCAGCCUUUUGGAACUGCUCCCACUGUGGAAUGACAUGUACCUGGUUAAGGCAACUGAAAUUACAUGAAAGAAUCCACACCGGAGAGAAACCUUACCAAUGCUUCCAGUGUGGAAAGAUAUUUACCCAGUUAGGGAAAGACCAUGAGGUAACACACACAAGGGAGAUUCCUUACCACUGCUCAUAUUGUGGAAACAAAUUCUUCACAUCACAUGGACACAAAGUGCAUCAGGGUGCACACAUACGGCUCCCACUCUGCUCACAACAUUGACACAGAUAC